UAAGGAUAGUAUAAAUAAUCAAGUUUAGAAUAAAUAUAAUUGUGACACUUUUAAAGAUGGAGCAUAUAAGAAUACCAAAGGUUGAGAAUGUAAGGAUGAUUGAUAGGUAUAAUAGCAAAAAUUCAAUUGUCGGAACACUCUAUUUAACGGCAACUCAUCUCAUCUUUGUCGAUCCAAUAGCCAAUAAAGAAACAUGGAUUCUUCAUAUGCACAUUUCAAAUGUCGAGAAACAACCAUUGACGACUACAGGAUCUCCACUUUUAAUACGAUGCAAAACAUUUUUGUCAGUAACAUUUGUCAUAGCUAAAGAGCGAGAAUGUCAUGACGUAUAUACAACAUUAUCGAAAUUGUAUCAGCCUGUAAGCUAUCAGAAUCUGUAUUGUUUUCAGUAUACAUCAAGCACUGAGGACCUGCAGAAAUGUGCAGGUUGGGAUUACUUUAAGUUAGAAAGUGAAUUUAAACGUAUGAAAGUUCCGAAUGAUGAGUGGCAACUAUGCAAGAUGAACAAAGGCUAUGAGUUAUGUGAUACAUAUCCAAAUCAGUUUUAUGUACCGAAUUCAGUAGAUAAAGCAAUUCUUUUGGGAAGCUCAAGAUUCCGAAGCAAAGGCCGACUUCCAGCUUUAACCUAUCUUCAUCCCAAUAAAGCUUCUAUAUGCAGAUGUUCGCAGCCUUUAGCUGGGUUCUCAGCUCGUUGUGUUGAGGAUGAACAAUUAUUUGUUAAAAUAAGAAAAAAUAAUCCAAAUUCAAAUAUUUUAUAUGUCGUAGACACUCGACCAAGGAUGAAUGCAUUGGCGAAUCGAGCUGCUGGAAAAGGCUAUGAGAAUGAACUUUUUUACGAAAAUACAAAAUUUCAUUUUCUGGGCAUUGAAAAUAUUCAUAUUAUGAGAGCGAGCUUACAAAAACUUAUUGAAACGUGCGAACAAAAGUCAAUGAGCGGAUUUUUGUCAGCACUUGAAUCAUCUGGAUGGUUAAAACACAUUCGUUCAAUGUUAGAUACUUCAUAUUUCAUAGCAAAUGCAGUUUAUAAAGGCAUUUCAGUCGUCGUUCAUUGUAGUGAUGGUUGGGAUAGAACUUCUCAAGUUUGCUCAUUAGCUUCAUUGAUGUUAGAUCCCUAUUAUCGUACAAUAAAAGGUUUUCAAUGUCUUAUUGAAAAAGAUUGGCUGUCAUUUGGGCACAAAUUUAGCGAAAGAUGUGGACAUUUAAGCACUGAUCCAAAAGAAAUUUCACCAAUUUUCACGCAAUUUCUUGAUAGCGUAUGGCAAAUGAUGCAACAGAGAAUCGAUGCUUUUGAAUUUAAUGAACGAUUUCUUUUAAUACUGCACGAUCAUGUCAUGUCUUGUCAAUUUGGAACUUUUGUUGGAAAUUGUGAAAAGGAUAGACUAGAUUUAAAAUUAUGUGAAAAAACAUUUUCAUUAUGGGGUUUUAUGGCUAAUCAUAUGAAUGAAUAUCUAAAUCCGUUGUAUAAACCGGGAGAAGUGGACGACAUCUUAGUGCCAAACUUAGCGCCUCAGUGUAUUAAAUUUUGGCGAGGCAUGUACAGUCGAUUUGAAAGUGGAAUUCAUCCAAGAGAAGACGUUAGCGAUUUCUUACUUGCAAGUAAAGAGCACUGCUCCUCAUUAGACGAACAUGUUCAACAUUUGACUAAACGUAUUGGUAAUUUGAAAAAUUUAAUAUCCAAAUCUGCAAAGAAGCUUCAAACCAACGGAGCAAAUUUAUUACAAAAUGCAACGGGAAGAGCAGAUAACAAAUUUAAUUAUGAUAAUAAGAAAUUAAGUGAACUUCAAUCAGCUGAUCACGACCAUCCACUAAAUCCUUUGAAGUCUGAAAGUUACUGUUUCUCAAACUUAUCUGUUUCUGACAAUAAUUCCGAAGAAGUCGAUCAAAUUACUGCUGAAAUCAAUUCAGUUGCUCUUGAUUGGAAGAGCCUUCGAAGUGCAACAGCAUGUCAAUGUUCCACCCCAUUCUCUCAAGAAAUGAAGAAGACCCAUUGCUGGCGAUGCGGUGAAAUAUUUUGCACUAGAUGUAUUGAUAAAUUUAUUCCAUUACCCGGCCAUCAUUCCAAAAAACUUGUUCCGGUUUGUAGAGCUUGCUUCAAACUAGUAACAACUAUUAGUCCAUAAUUCCAGAAUAGAUCUGUUUCUAAACCA